AGUAAAAUCAGAAGUAAGAUUUCAGAUAACUCUAGCAGCACCUUGUGAAACAUCAUACCUACCACUUUUUUUAACUCUGAACCGCUUAAUUAACCUUAAUUCCCUCCAACGUGACACAGCCAAACAUAACAACGGAAGAUUCGAUUUUGCCAUGGAACAGAACGCGUAGACGGCUUUGCCGCUGGCCGCCGCCGCGGGUCGCCUCCCAUGUGUCGAGCCAAUUAGACUAAAGAGCUCGACACACAGCAGGCGACAAACGACUGUGAUCAGCAGCAGAAAACAACUGUUCCUUCAUGUUUGCCCGGAGAUGUACAGAGAAGCAUCCUGUUUGCUCAUUGGUCAGUCAAUGAAACCUAUGCUGAUUAAUCCUUGUCUGAGCAACAGCAAUGAAAAGUUAAUAUUUUUUAACUUUCUGGGACUGCGUUGCUGGCUCACCUGUGCACGACACAUGUACGAGCGCAAAAUUUCACUUGCAUGUUUUUCACGUUUCGCUUAGACGGAGAGAGACCUGCUAUUAUUGCUUUGUCGCACAUGUCUCAUUUAAAAUGAAUGGAGGAGAGGCGAAGUUGCCUCCCGUGUGUUGAGCCCAUAAGGUGUUAAAAACAAACGCACAGCGAGGAGGAGAGUUUCAGUUUCGGUUUUACGACGGUGAAUUAAAAUGUACUUGGUGGGGUGCCAAAAGCAAGCCAAAGCUCCAAGUGAUCCUUUAAAGUCCAGCAGGAUUGAUAAACUUUUGACUAGUUUGAACCAGAUUAAACAAAUAAAUUGUAUAGCAGGUCAUGUCAUAUCAUGUUAUAAACCUCAACAUGGUGGUCAUUGCUGCAGGAAGAUAACAGAAUUCCGACAGGACCUGACCUCUGGAUGAACAGGAAGUGCCACAGUAGACACCAAAAGUCUCAAGAGUGACAAAGAAAUUGUUUUUGCAAAGUGUAUUAUUGGAUCUUUUUAUGGUAACUACUGUUUGUAUUAUUCUCAGAACAUUUGGAGAUUGCUGUCUUUAUACUGAUGUGGUAAGGUGGAGAAACGAGGGCACGGGCAGGAUGCGAUUCUCGGACUCCCAGGUGAGAGUCAUGCACGCUGACCAGUCAGCCAAAGGGACAAGUAGCCAGGGCACAUGAUCAAUCAGGAUACAGUGACCGGACACUCACACUGUCACACUUAAUCUCUGUAAAUAAUCACAUUAUGUCAAAUUUACAGCAGUUUUAAAUUUUAAAAGAUUUAAACUAUUCAAGAUGGUGGCAAAACACUUUGAUCUCGACUGCACAUGGACUAGCCGUUAGCUUAUCGGUGCUGAGAGAUGUAAACACUAUUUUUUAACAGAGGCCUUUCAGAAAGUCAUCUACUACAGCUGUAAUUAUUCAUAACUUUUACUGAUGUUUUUCUAGAAUGUUAAAAGAAAUAAACGCACACAACAGGCAUGAUUUAUGUGCCUCACAGGGGUGUUAGAGGAGAUAAAUACUGUUAGCAUCCAGAAAACAUCAUCUAGUUUUGCAAUGAGAAACUCAUUUGUACAUUUAGUUUCAGUUUUGUCAGAAUAUGGAAGCAGAAUGUGAGCUGAUCACAUCAAAGGUGACGUACCACAAAACAGUAGAGAUGGAAGCACUAGAUCAAAUUUGGAAAAAGUAGAUUUAAAGCAAAUUCUUACCUUUACUCAGACUGGAUUCAGAGAACUGCAUCAAAGCAGGACUGGAGAGGAUGAGAAAAAGGGUCAAACAGUAAAAUCUGGCCAUGUUGUUCUGUGAGGUCUACAUAAAGCUGGUAAACAUGAGGAGUCUGUGCUGAGUGUGCUGAGACAGUGCUGCCUGAUACCCAGUGAGAUGUGGAGGAAACAGGAACACCGAGGUCAGCUCUGCCUGAUGACCUGUCCCAGUCCACACAUCCAUCGCCGGUAGGAACAGCUGGUCAGCAGAAACAAGCACGUCCAGGUCUGGUCCGGAGAAUAUGGAGGAUUUACCAGAAAUAUGACAGGUUUUGCUUAAAGGAACAGGAAACUAAACAAAGGAGCUUACUUUUACAGAACACCUCAAAAACGUGCUUAUUAGACGUUGACAACCUCUGCUUUAUCAGGUUUGUAGAAAAGUGGUACACCUUUCCUGUUCCUCUGUUUUUCCACAGCAAACCUUUGCUUGACUGCACACAAACCAAAAGCAGCCUAUCUCCUUUGUAUCAUCAGCUUUCUUUCACUUUGUCAUUUACAUCCGUUGCUGCUAACCAGUAGCCUGACCAGCUCCAUGCUUCCUAGUUCUCUGUUCAGAAUGAAACAUUGGACGAGUCUGGCAGACCAGGCUAUCUUGAACAGCGAGUAACGCCUAAAUUAACUUUUUUGCUGAUGACGACUGCCUAGUAGUGCUGUACACAUGUGUAAUCAUUAUUUUGGCAGUUUUGUGCAACUUACUUUAAAUUUAAUAUUUCAGCCCAAAACCAUAAUUAUGUCACCAUCUUCAGGGUAAAACUCUGCUCCUCAUCGAUUUAGAUGUGCUGAUACUGAAUGACGGCAACCCCGUGGACUUAAAUAUGACUGAGUAGUAUUGCAUAAGUGAAAAUAUGUGUAAUGGUCAGACCUAGUGACGAUCAGCCAGAUCCAACAACAGCCAAACACAGAAAGUUUUAAAGAGUUUAUUUAAGGCCUUGUUAAAGCGAUCGGGACCAGCUGGAGUCAGUUCCGGGUGGCGUGGCCUUCUGAAAACAGCAGCGCUGUUCAGUGGUGAGGGACGCCGAUGAAGGUGAGUACUCAGAUUCAGGCUGGAACUGAGGCAAUAGACGGGUUCCGUGGUCAGACAGACUGAGGUCGGGCAACAGGCAGACGGGCUCCGUAGUUAGGCAGGCAGGGGUCAGUAAUGAGCAGGCAGGCAGGCAGGCAGACAGACAGACAGGUUCAAACGCUCGAAUGACUGUAACAGGAUAGCUGACGAUCUCGCACUGAGCAGCAGGAGCCAGGUGCUUAAAUAGGGAGCAGCACAGGUGGAAUAAAUCAGCUAGAUUACUGCUGCUGCAGGGAGACAGGAAAACACAGAGAUCAUGACAAUAGGCAGAGCGAAUGAUGUUGAUGUGGGCUUUGAAUGACAGAGUGCUGUCGAGGAUGACACCCAGACUACACAGGGGGAAGGAAGGGUGUAGGUAUUAAUGAAUCUCAGCAAGGCAAGAUGAACCACACCAAUCUUACGAAGACACUGUGCUGAGGCAUUCAUGUACAAAUGGUCUCCUCCAGAACAGACAAAAAUGUUUUAUCACCUCAAAAGAAGAACACUAUUAUUUAAAAAUAGCAGCCCCUUCUGAAUUUGAGUUUCUUCACAAGAUUAUCUCUGUGGGGCUAGAAGGAGACAGUCAUCGAGACUGACACCAAGGACCACCUCUAUGAUUCUGACCUCAUUUAAACACUAAUGCUCUGUUUGAGGAAUUUCAGUCUGGUUUUAGAGAGUAUCACAGCACUGAAACUGCGUUAGUGAGAGUUACAAAUGAUGUUCUCAUGGCCUCAGAUAAGAAUCUUGUGUCUGUUCUAGUCUUGUUAGAUCUCAGUGCUGCCUUUGACAUAGUUGAUCACAAUGUUCUUUUAGAAAGACUUGAACAUGUUGUAGGGAUCAAAGGUACAGCGUUAGGCUGGUUUAAAUCCUACCUGUCUGACAGAUUUCAUUUUGUAAAUGUAUAUGACAAAUCGUCUUCAUACUCCAGGGUUACUUGUGGAGUACCACAGGGUUCAGCGCUUGGACCAAUUCUUUUUACUAUAUAUAUGCUCCCAAUUGGUAAAAUCAUUAGACAGCAUGGGAUACACUUCCACUGUUAUGCUGACGAUACUCAGUUAUAUUUAUCCAUUAACCCUGAUGAACCUAAUCGGUUGGGUAGAUCACAGGCUUGUCUUGAGGACAUAAAAAAUUGGAUGACUCUAAACUUUUUGCUUUUAAAUCAAGACAAGAUGGAAGUUCUCAUCUUUGGAUCAGAAAUCCAGAAAAGGAAAUUGCUUAGCCAAUCACCUGACUCGAACGGCAUUAAAUUAAUCUCCGAGAACAAAGCAAGGAACCUUGGUGUUAUCUUUGAUCAGGACAUGUCAUUCAAAUCCCAGGUUAAACAGGUUUGUAGGAUUUCCUUUUUCCACCUUCGGAAUAUUGCUAAGAUUAGAAGCAUCCUUUCCAGGAGUGAUGCUGAAAAACUAGUUCAUGCAUUUAUUACAUCAAGACUGGAUUACUGUAAUUCAUUACUCUCAGGAAGUCCACAGAAUGUAGUUAAAAGUCUUCAGCUUGUCCAAAAUGCUGCAGCUAGAGUUCUGAUGAGAAUUAAAAAGAGAGAUCAUAUCUCUCCUGUCCUAGCUUCCCUACAUUGGCUACCUGUUAAAUUCAGAAUACAUUUUAAGAUCCUCCUUCUCACAUAUAAAGCUCUUAAUAAUCAAGCUCCAUCAUACAUCAGUGAUCUGAUUGUUCCAUAUGUUCCUAACCGAGCACUUCGCUCUCAGACUGCAGGUUUACUGGUGGUUCCCAGAAUAUCUAAAAUUAGGAUGGGAGGCAGAUCUUUUAGUUAUCAGGCUCCUCUCCUGUGGAACCAGCUCCCAGCGUUAGUCCGUGAGGCAGACACCUUGUCUACUUUUAAGACUAGGCUUAAAAAAUUUUUAUUUGAUAGGGCCUAUGGUUAAAAUCUGAUGUUGUUCUAGAUCUGGACAAGUGGGGGAGUAGAGGGAGGUGGAGUGUACAGUCGGUAAAGACGGCUCUCCCUUGCCCUGACUCCAACAUGCCUCCAUCUAAAAGGCUAGAUUAUUCAGUGUUAUCUCUGUAGUUAUGCUGCUAUAGGCUUAGACUGCUGGAGGAUACACUGACCACUUUUCACACUCGGCUACUUUUUUCUACCAUCUGCUCUUUAACUGUAUUAUUUUCUGCAAUUUCAGCUGUUAACUUUAUUUUUUCUCUAAGUGUUUUUCUCCCCAGAAGAAGCUACAAUGAUGUUCUGCUGAGCUGUGGUGGCCUCAUGGAGGGGGCCAUCGGCUUGAACACUGUUGUUAACCAUUUAAUCAUUUUCCCUCUCCUGAUAACAUUUUACUCUCUUUGACGUUGGAUGUGCUACUACUAGUUUACUCGUUUAAUUAUAGAUCCACUAGGAUAAAUACAAUAAAGUUUAUCUCUCACCAAAUAGAAUAUUUACUAAGAAAUCACAAUAUAACUAUAGACACAUUACUUGGUAUAUAUGUUGUGUGUGUGUGUGUGUGCGUGCGUGCGUGUGUGUGUGCGUGUAUGUCUGUGUGUGUGUGUGUGUGUGUGUGUGUGCGUGUGUGCGUGUGUGCGUGUGUGCGUGUGUGUGUGUGUGUGUGUGUGUGUGUGUGUGUGUGUGUGUGUGUGUCUGCUCUGUCUUCUCCAUCCCCAGUGAGUCGUGGAGGAUGGCUGCUUAUACUGAGCCAGGAUUCUCUGGAGGUUUCUUCCUGUUAAAAGGGAGUUUUCCUCUCCACUGUCGCUAAAUGCUUGCUUAUAAUGAGGAUUGCUGUAAAGUCGCAGACACUAGUCAGUGACUUGAUGCAACCUGCUGGGUUCCUUAUAUAGGAAACUUAUUACUGAUUGACUUAAUGAACUGACCUGAAUUGGAAUAUUUAUUAUGUGAAGUGCCUUGAGACGACUCUUGUCGUGAUUUGGCGCUAUAUAAAUAAACUUGAAUUGAUGUUCCCCUCAGCAGAGGUCCCUGAGGACAUACUUAGAGUUUGAAACAUUAGCUUAGUCUUGUUUGUAUUGAGAAGACUGGCUUGAAUCUGGACCUGAUGUAACUUUGUUUUGGUUUUGUGCUUCAAAAAUGAACUGGUGUAUUUAAAACAACUGAAUUCAAAUUCACUUUUUGAAGAUAAUUCAGAUUUUUGCUCUCAGGUAAAAUAUUUUACAUGUUUUAUAAUAAAUAUUUCGUUUGAAUAAAUAUUUUAAGAUUUCUUGAGAAGUCUUUUAUUUCUUAACUGCUACCGAAGUUUUCCUUUUUCCAUGGCAGAUGGAAUGUUUUGGCUCUGAUCCACACACAUUUGAGCGAUCACAUUACCUCAUGACUAAUAAAUGAGCCCUGGCUGGUGAUCUGAUACACCCGGUGAACUCCAGAUGAAACUGAGAACACCGUUCAGUUUGAUGGUCGGUGGACCGACAAACAAGAAGCUGUCUUCUGUCUUUGUGAGCAGCCUCACAAAAACAACGAAGACAUUCUGGUGGAGCUGUGACCUGUAGAUGUAGACAUGCCAAACAGGUCCCGGUCCCACACGGACCUGCAGACAGCCGGGAAGCCCUCAGGAGACGACAGCUUGCACACGUCAUUCUCCAUGAGCAGCAGUGGCUUAAACCGAGGUGGGCGCUUUGGGUAUGGGAUCACAGAAGAGGUCAAAGUUCUCCCCAGGACCCCCAGGCGGCCCAUGCGGGCGGUCCGGCCCAUCAGCGCCAUCAGCUCUGGUGGCUCAUUCCUCCAGCUGAAUCACCUCCAAGGAGAGCUGGUCCGAAAAAGGAAGGAAUGUGAAGACCUGAAGAAGGAAAACAAGUACUUAUCAAAUGAGAUCCACAUGGAGCGGAUCGUGAUGCGUUCGGAGAACGAGCUGACCAUGAGGAACCUCAGGAACCUGAACCAGGAGCUGCAGAUGCAAGUCAAGGAGCUAAAGCAGACGCUGCAUCAGAGCCAGCAGAGGGCGACGUUAUGUUCUCGAGUUGCAGCCGAGGCGGAGGAGACCAGAGGGGAGGCUGAGAAGAGCAGGGCCUUGGCUGAGGCUCGGGCCCUUGGCUGUCAGAGGGACAAGGAGACAGCUGAGGCUGACAGGAGACAGCUGAGUGAGGAGCUGCAGCUGCUCAAAAAGGAGCACACCGAUCUGCAGCUUUCACUGGCACAAGCAGAGAAGAACUACUUUGAAACAAAGCUGAAGCUGGACCGAGUCUCUGGUGAGAAGCAAGCCCUGCUGCAGGAGAACAAAAGUCUGGAGGGAGACCGAGAUGAUCUGAGACUCAGGCUCAGACAAGUCACCCAAGAAAAUGCUCAGAUUAAGGAGAGUGAGAUGAAUCUGAAGCGCAGAGCAACAGCAGCAGAGGAGGAAAGCAAAAGAGCAAACCAGGCUCAGCAGGAGGCCGAGGACCAGAGACGUCUGUCAGAGAAGGAGAAGCAAGAAAAGAUGUCCGAGUGCCUCAGCUGGAGAGAGAAGCACCACGAGUUAGCAAACGUCUUCCGGAUUCAGGAGGACCUGAAAGCUCAGAGGCGCAACAAAGCAUGUCAAGUGAACAUCAAGAGCUACUUCUUAUGUAUGACAGAAAGCGACCAGCGUGUUAAAAUCCUUAAAAACCCAGAUGGUAGUCCAAAGAAUUUUACGGAGGGAGAUCCGGUUUACAUCAGCACUCCUGAGUCUGGUCCUAAGGAAGCCGACAGGAGUUCAUCCAGGACCAUGUUGAGGAUUUCUGCCCCACAAGUAGGGAGGGAUGUGGGUCCGAGUCACUUUGACGAGCUGCCUGCUUUUGGAGGAGAGCGGCCUGACUCCGCUCAUCAACGGAGAAGCAGAAAGGUGGUGGAUUACUUCUGGAUCCCAACAGACCAGGAGUGAUGCCUCCAUCCCAUCUACUCAGACCCAUCAGGAGCAGAGGAGAGGGAAAAUUUGUGAAUGAGAGAAGAAACAGUUCUGGUGCUCAUGUACUGGACUUUAUUGACAUUAAAGCAAUAGGUGUACAAUAAUUCUGAAUACCAUACUAUAAGGUCCAAAUCCACUGCCCGACACAUAAAAAGACUUGUGAGCACAAAUCUUAAGCAUUAUUGAAUUAUUUUGCUGUUACGAUUAGGGAAUCACAAGUUAUUACACAAUGUUUCUAAUUUUCAUAUCACCAUUUUAACAAUCGCAUCUCCUUUUCUACAUCCAAAUAAAAUAAGCCACUUGGGUAAUGAUCGUUCCAAACAGAGCAACAAAACUCCAGUUAGAGGGUCAGUUUCUACGAGGGUGCUAAGCUGCCGAAUUAAAAACCUUUCACUCGUGAAUAUUAAUACUUGUAAACCACAGGAAGCUCCUCUGAACGCAUCUGCUUCACUCACAUGUGCAAUCAAAGGACAAAACAACAUACUCAAAUCUUCAGUUUGGACUCGCAGUUCUUCUGUUUCAUUAUCAUCCCAGCAUAAAACCCCAAACUCAAAAAGCCCAUCUAACUAAGAGGUAGAAACAGGCCAUUUUGAAAUGUUAGUGGCACACUGAUGUCAAUUUGUUUGAAGUUGUGACAUCUGGAGGGUGCAGCCACUCAGAGACGAACUGGAUCAGAAAACAAGAAGAGAAGAUCCUGGCCAGAAACUAUCAAGCUGUUUCCAUCUGAUCUCAGGUUCAAAGUCCUGAUUUUUACUUUUGCUUUGCUGCUGACUUAACCAUCAUUAGUUAAGAUAACCAUUAGGGGAAGUCUGACGCAUCCUUAAAUAAAGCAGUUUCCUAAAACAGCAGAUUCAGGUUAGGAACUAUUUCAUGAAAAACAUGCGGAGUGAAAAAGUAUGAAAACAAAAGAACCAUGUGUGAUCAGAUGAGAUGCAGCAGAUCGAUGCCUCUGGGCCCAGCGGUGACGCUGGACUCACCAGGCCCUGCAGCCGUUUGCAUCAACAGAACAGAAGCAGCCUAGCACCACCUGCUAGUGGUUACAUUAAGUAUGAUGUUCAAGAAAAGGAAAGGCGAGUUAACAACGUCGAUAUAUGCCACAAUGAUUCAGUCUGCUUCGUCCUCAGACUCCUCCUCCUCCGCCGUCUCAAGCCAGGUGAGCCACUGGUUUACCUG